AUGGCAUACGUUCCACCACACAGAUCUAGAUCGGACAGAGGCGAUUCCGAAGGUGGCAAUUCCGAAGGUGGCAAUUCCUUCGGUCACGAAGGCGGCUAUCAGAGAGGAGGCUACGGAAGCCGUGGAGGCUAUGGAAACAGCUAUGGCAGCAACUAUCGAGGUGGAUAUGGCAGCCGUGGCGGAUAUGGACGUGGCCGGGGAGGAUAUGGCCGUGGAAGAGGCGGAUACAAUAGAAGGGACAACGAAUACAGCAGCAGGGGAAGUUACGGAAGGGACAAGUGCAGAGGAACAUUCGUUGAUGGAGCCCAGAAGCCAGGUGCAAAGGAUAAGAAAGUUGAACUCGAGCUCUUUGGUGAUCCGGAGAAGGAGGAAAAGAGUGCCGGGGGUAUCAACUUCGACAACUACGACGAUAUCCCGGUCGAGGUUUCCGGAGAAGACGCCCCAGAGCCAAUUGACAAGUUCACGUGCCCUCCAAUUGAAGAGUUGCUCAUGGAAAACAUCGAGCUUUCGCGUUUCACCAAACCAACUCCAGUCCAGAAGUACUCCAUUCCAAUCGUUGGAGCCGGAAGAGACCUGAUGGCUUGUGCCCAGACGGGUUCCGGUAAGACGGGUGGAUUCUUGUUCCCAGUUCUUUCGUCGUUAUUCAAGAAUGGCCCCACCCCAGUCGAGAGUGAUGGCAACAUCUUCUCGAAGAGGAAGGUGCAUCCAAUGGCCCUUGUUUUGGCCCCAACCAGAGAGUUGGCCAUCCAGAACUUUGAAGAAGCCAAAAAGUUUUCGUACCGGUCCUGGGUUCGUCCUUGCGUCGUUUACGGUGGCUCGGACUUCCAUGCACAGGUUAGAAACAUGUCUAGAGGCUGCGAUUUGAUUGUUGCCACUCCCGGCAGAUUGAACGACAUGCUCGAGAGAGGAUGCGUGUCCUUAAGCCACAUCAAGUUCUUGGUGUUGGACGAGGCAGACAGAAUGUUGGAUAUGGGUUUCGAGCCCCAGAUCAGGAACAUUGUCGAAGGCUGCGACAUGCCCGGCACCACCGAGAGACAGACGUUGAUGUUCUCGGCCACCUUCCCGAGGGAGAUCCAGGCGAUGGCCAGAGACUUCUUGAACAACUACAUCUUCCUGUCUGUGGGUAAGGUUGGAUCCACAUCGGAGAACAUCACGCAGAGAAUCAUGUACGUUGAGGAUGAGGACAAGAAGUCCAGCUUGCUCGAUAUAUUGUCGUCGACCGACGACACGCUCACCACCGGGUUGACGUUGAUUUUCGUCGAGACCAAGAGAAUGGCCGAUAUAUUGUCGGACUUCUUGAUCACGCAGAACUUCCCUGCAACAUCCAUUCACGGUGACAGGACUCAGAGCGAGAGAGAGCAUGCCUUGGAGCUCUUUAAGAGCGGAAGAGCCCCUAUUCUUGUGGCCACCGCCGUCGCUGCAAGAGGUUUGGAUAUUCCAAACGUCACCCAUGUCAUCAACUACGAUCUUCCAGGAGAUAUCGAUGACUACGUCCACCGAAUCGGUAGGACUGGUAGAGCCGGUAACACUGGUAUUGCCACUGCCUUCUUCAACAGAGGCAACCGGAACGUUGCCAAGGAGUUGGUGCAGCUCUUGACUGACUCCAAGCAGGAGAUCCCAGACUUCCUGAAGAACAUCUCCAGAGAAGGCUCCGGCAGGGGCAGGGGCAGAAGUAGAAAUGCUCCUUACAGGGAUUACAGAAGAAGCAACGGUGGUGGUUACAGAGGAGGAAACAGUUACGGCGGUGACUACGGCGGAUACGGUAACAACUCCGGCUUCGGUGGCAACUCGGGCAACUCUGGAUACGGAGGAAGCAGAUACGGAAAUGGUGGAAAUGGUGGAUUUGGAGGCAACAAGUUUUCCUCAUCCUCUUCAUCUUCCAACUCCAACUCCCAGUGGUGGUGA